AUGUAUCGCCUUUGCAUUGCCUUGAUUGGUCAUAGUCUGCGGGAAAUCCCCGCAGUGUAUAACUUUGGUGUUCUUCAGUUCCAGAACGGCAAUAUUAACCAUCUGGCCGCCAUUGUGAUACACCCAUCUAACAUCGCUCCCCUCUGCAGUAAAGACGUCAGAUCCUCCGCCCCAAAGACUCUUCCUGGCGACGGCAGUUCAAAGCCUUUACUGGAUUCGGUUCCACAGGCAGGCUUAUUGGAGCCAGCGUUGGAUCAGGAUACAUGGCAUGGACGAGAAUGGUCCCGAAGUAGUCAGGGUGAUGAUGACCCUCUGCCCUUGGAUCCACCGAUCGUGCUAGACUCUGAUGACAACACUACGGACGGGUCCAGUGUUGACAGCGACUUCACAUCUCCGGCCAAACGAGACAGUUCCGGCCGUGCAACAUCUAUAUCUUGCUCUCCCAAAGCUGGUGGAAGAGUAGAAGCCGGCACUGGCAUCGCCGGUGGACGUUCUACUCCCCUCAAGAGACGCCCCUGGGCCAGUGUCAUGCACCCCAUGAUCGCGGUCGAAGUGCCGGUUGUCGCGGAUCGCCUCGAAGAAGACAUAUCAAGCUCGAUGCAGUACGAGAACGGGCUAGGCAGCCGACAGGACCGUAAGCUUCCCGGGGAAAUCGUUCAGUGUGUUGAAGACGACACAACCAUGUCCGACACAAGUAGCUCGAGCGGGCACUCCGACGACAUGGAUGACGACUACCGUGCGAGCAGCGAAGAGGAUGGCCCAACGAAGCCGCCACCGAAGCGUCGCAGGCUAUCCGGCGCUGUGGCGCGCCGUCUUCCGUCUCAGACCCAAAGAGCAGCCGCUGCAGGUCGUGAUGUCGAACGGGUAGACAGCAGGGUGCGAAAGACGGCUCCGAAGGACAGUUCCACGACUCCCCGGAACACAGGUCAUGGGCCGGACACGCACUCCCAUUCAUGGCCUCCCAGUGAUGUCGAGCGGCCUAGUUGCCCCAUUCCGUUGUUGGCCCCAGGGGAGGCUCUGAUGCUUUCAUCUGCGGUGGCCCAAGUCGUUUUCGAGAUGGUCAGAGGCUGUUCAAUGACCACCUCAGAUCUCGCGGGCGAGCCGACAGCCGCGGCUGACACCAAAAACGGCGAACGGACGGUUGAUCUGAACAGGAAAAGAUGUCGCUGGACUGGGGGGGAGGACGACCGCUUAAUGGCCCUGAAGAAGGAUGGCUUCUCUUGGCCGGAGAUCGGGGAGCGGUUUCCACAGAGACGACUCAGCUCCUUGCGGCAGCGAUGGUAUACAAAACUUUAG